AUGUUGAAAUGGCCUGAUGUAGGCUGCUCAAUAUAUCAUGCUGUUCAACUUCCUGAUAAAGUCGAUGGCCAUAGAGAAUGGUACGUUCCUAAUGACUUUUUUGUAGAAUCUAUCCAUUUUAGAGAGAAAACUAAUUAUUCACAGAAUGCAGUAUUUAUUUUCGGAAAUUUUUCGAAUAAUUUCAAUUCAUCAAGAAUAUAUUAUAAUAAUUCAUGGUUUAAUGGCUCAAUUGCUCAUCUUCGGAAUGUAAUAGUUACAAAUGCAUCGUCUCCAAUGGAUCACAAUACGCUUUACCUCUUUGCUUACAAGUUUCGCUUUGAUUUCAUUUGGGGCAUUCCAAAAGGUAAAAUAACUCAUGAAUACAAAAGUGCUAUAUGUCUUGGACACUCUGCCGUUCAAAACUAUUACGGACACUUCUUCUUUGACAUGUUAAAUCCAUUAAUUUUGUUCCCACAAGAAAUUGUGAACAAGUCAGUUAUACUAAACGUUCCAAAAUACUCUCACGGGGAUUCCGGGAUAUUACUUAAAGCCAUUGGAAUUCAAGAUUGGCAAAUUAAGUACUGCGAUGGAGAUUUUUCGUUUGUUCAUGAUUACUAUUGUUGCUAUGCUCCAGUACCUGGUAUAUGGCACCUAUCAACGACCAUCCAAAAUGUUUCAAUUUCAUUGAAAAAAUUUUACAACACGUCAGACGUGAAACCAUCGAAAUACGUAUUGUCGAAUAGAAAGAAGACCAGAUAUAUUUACAAUUUUGACCAACUCGUUAAAUCCGUGAAAAAACAUCUUCCAGAAUUUUCUUGGGAAGUGGUCGAAGACGGCCUAUCUGUAGAAGAAUCAGCAAAGGUAUAUAGUACAAUUCUGUUUAUGUAUACUAUAACCGGAUCCAACUUAUGUAGGUUAUAUUUUAUGAAUCCAGGCGGUUGUGUUGUUGAUGCUCAAGCGGACUAUAAUGAUUUCGCCAUGCAGUCUAUUGCUCUUGUUAAUGGCUUCAAAAUCGUUUGCUAUCGCUUGAAAGAUUUUUAUCAUGAUAAAAUUAAUAAAAAACAGACAAGAGUCAAUGUAAAUAUCACAGAAGCACUUUAUUACAUUGAUUUCGGAUUGGCAAAAAUGAAAGAAUGA